AUGAUGGAUCUCAACGCCGCUGCUCUCUUCUUCUGUUUAUGCCUCUCCUUCAUCUUCUUCCGUUCUCUCCGUUCUCCUCCCACCAAAAAUUCAUGUCCACACUCAUACCCCAUCAUCGGAAACCUUAUCGCUUUACUCCGCAACCGCCACCGCUUCCACGACUGGGUUGCUGACAUGCUUUCUAGAACCCCUUCCCUCACUCUCCAAGUCAACACCUUCCUCAACGCCUCCCAUGGCGUCUGCACUGCCAACCCACUCAACGUCAACCACCUCCUCGUCUCCAACUUCCCCAACUACAUCAAAGGCUCCCGCUUCCAUGACUUCUUUCAUGAACUCCUUGGAGAUGGAAUCUUUAACGUCGAUGGUCACCUCUGGACUGUCCAACGCAAGAUCUCCAGCCACGAAUUCAACACCAAGUCUCUCAAACACUUCAUCUCAGACACAGUCCAGUCCGAACUCUCCACUCGCCUUAUUCCCUUCCUCUCUUCUGCAUGUGAAAACAACCAAGUCAUCGAUCUCCAAGACGUUCUGCGGAAGGCUAUGUUCGACAACAUUUGUAAUCUUGCAUUUGGUGCCGAUCCUGCAUGUUUGAGCUCUGAAGCAGUAGGUGAAAAUUCGUUGAAUUUAUCUUUUGUUCAGGCGUUCGAUGAUGCCGUGGAGAUCAGUGCAUCACGAUCCUUGUUACCCAUCCAUGUGAUAUGGAAGAUCAAGAGAUUCUUCAAUAUAGGUUCUGAGAAACGAUUGAAGGAAGCGGUUGGCAUAAUCAACGAAUACGCUAAUAUGAUCCUCAAGUCCAAAGAAGAUCAGAUCGGCUCAGGAGAUUGUGGAAACCUGGAUUUGCUAUCUCGAUUCAUGUCCUCGAGCUCAAAUUUCGGCUUAGGGUUUGACGAUCAAGAACACAAGAGGAAGUUCUUGAGGGACAUUGUUAUAAGCUUCAUACUCGCCGGCAAGGACUCCACGUCAACAGCGUUGACGUGGUUCUUCUGGCUGAUGGCCGGAAACCCUCGAUGCGAGGGCUUGAUCUUGGCGGAACUAUCAGAGGCAUCUCCGGCACCGGCGACGUCGCCGGUGAUAUUCAGCUAUGACGAUCUGAAGGGGUUGAAUUAUCUGCAUGCGGCCAUAUCAGAGUCGCUGCGUCUGUUUCCGCCCGUGCCAAUUGAUUCGAGAUUAGCGGUAGAUGAUGACAUUCUCCCAGAUGGGACUCACGUGCGUAAAGGGUGGUUUGCUGAUUACUCAGCUUAUGCGAUGGGGAGGAUGCAUCAAGUGUGGGGUCCUGACUGUAGGGAGUAUAGACCGGAGAGGUGGUUGGAUGACGAUGGACGAUUUCGACCGUCGGAUCAGUUUCGGUUUCCGGUGUUUCACUGCGGGCCCAGGUUGUGCUUGGGGAAGGAGAUGGCGUAUGUGCAGAUGAAGUCGAUUGCUGCAAGCGUGAUGCGUGAGUUUGAGAUAGUGGCCGUUGAUGGAGGUGGGUGUGCAGGGAAGAUGGCAGACCCGCCUUACACACCAUCCAUUGUCCUUAAGAUGAGGGGUGGCCUACCUGUACGGGUGAAGAGACGGCGACAGCCCAACGCCAUCGACUUUUGUUAGAUCCCCGUGAUUGCGCACGUGCCACCAGCUCUGUAACGGACACGUAUUUGUAAUGCAUUAUGUUCGAUAUCGAUGUGACAGAUGGUGUGUUACACGUCAGAAGAGGACCAUUACAUAAAGCCUAAGAUAAAGCCAAUUGGGCUGAAACCAAGGAUCCAGAUAGCCCAAUAUUUGUCCUCGAGCCCAAAGAAGAAAAGAAAAGAAAUUUAGAAUUGCGAGUGUUUAUUCCACGUAUUGGCAUCAAAUGUAACAGCCUGUGGCCAAGUGCCGAUGCUCUAUUGUAAGUUUGUAACUCCUUACGUUCCAAUGGGUUCAUUAAUUUUGAAAUAGCUUUUCCAUUAA